ACUAGUGAGAGGGCUACCUGUGGUUCUCGCCACGACUAAAUCUCAUGGAGCAUCAUCUGUGCACCGGGUCCAGAGACGGCCACAUGCAGAACCCUGUCCGGUCGGUCCUUGGGCUGGACUUCCGAUUCAUGUUGUCUCUGUGCAAAGUGGUCCAAUGAAAUCCUGCCAUCCAGGGUCCUGCUGCUUCAAACUAAUGGCUACUCAUCAGUAGCACUGUGCUAAGACCCGCGGGGAACUGGACUCUGGCGCUUCAAGCCUUUGUUGUGGAGAGCAUUGUCAUAUAAAGUUCACAGCACACUGCUGAAUGAAAAGAUUGUAACUCCUGUAAGAACAUUCAGGACUUUCGGAACAUAUUUUCUAUUUCUGUCGAACUAUUUAAGAAACAAAUUAUUUGCAGUAUUUAUCUCUAUGUUAGUUGUGCAUGAUAGGCGUGAAACAGACAUGGCACAAAAAGGUCUAUAUACAAUGUUACGACAAAAAAAGGAAAACUUAUUGAAUGGUAAGAACACUGUAACAUUAUAGGUCCCGCAGUUACCUGGUUUUCAUGUUCUCCUUUUGAAAACUACUGCUGCAAAUGAAGACCACUCAGGUUAAAAAGCAAAAGUGUUGAACUAGAAUUCAAUUCAUUUUGUAUUGCCCAAUAUCACAAAUUAGAAAUUAGCCUCAGAGGGCUUUACAGUCUGUCCACAUAGACACCCCCGUCCCAGGACCUCACAGGGGAUCAGUGUGUGAUCUUGUGUGUGUGCGGUUUGUGGAGGAAGAGACCUCAACGGUUUAUCACAUAUAUUAUUAUAGUCAUCAAAAUGUAUGUUGAAGAAAAUCUUGACAGGAAAGAGAAGCGAAAGUUCUUGUUUCCCUUUGUGUGUGUUUGUGUGUGUGUAUAUCCUUGUGUGCCAGGCAGUGCUGGCACUGCCGAUGUUGUUUUGUGGAACCACAAUAAAAUAUUAUCUUUCCUGGUGAAAGACAAUGUGUUCAGAGCGAUCAAAUUUUUUUAUGAAUAAACUAUUUUCCACUGAAGAAGCUGUUUUUGUUUCAUGCUGCGAAUUACAAAGUAGACUUAUGUUUGAUUUAUAAUUUUGUGGGACUAAUUAAUACCUGAAGCUACUGUAUUUGUUCUAUAAUAUUGCAUACAGCUAUACAAACAGGCAUAUAUAAUAUAUGGAACAAAAAUACAUGAAUUUUUCUAUUAAAUAUUGUAAACAAUAGAGUAGAAUAAUAUUACAAUUCAGUAGACUGGCAGACUACCAGACACUAUGCCGGUGGACCCGUUGCACAGAUGAUGCUUGUGGCGAGAACCACAGGUAGCCCUCUCACUAUAGUGAGUUCUACUCUCGCUCUGUUCAGAUGUUCUGCACCGUGCAGACUUCCAGGUCCAGUACAUUGAAGUCCUCUUGUGUGGAGAGAGGGGCAGCUGAUGUCAUCAUACAAAUAUAAACUCAAUAUUUGAAUAACCGUUAUGCCAUGAAAGGGGAUGAACAAGUUAGAAAGUUAGUGAUCAAAUAUAUGAUGUUGAGCCACACCGCUCCCUGGUGGCAUUUGUAUCCAUCGACCCUCCUAAGAUGCGAUCCCUUCUUUCAAUUCCGAUCGACAGUCGUUCAGUUUCCCCUUGUGAGCUCGAUGUUCUCUGGGAUCCACUGGUCAGGUCUGACCGUUCCACAACAAUGGCAGCAGUCGAGGCUCCUCUUCCUUCCCCGGCUGGCGUUUCCAAAACCAGCAGCGAGGGAUAUGAGAAGAAAUGUAUUUUCUGCAAGAUUGUCAACCAUGAGAUGGGCACGGAGCUGCUCCACUGUGUGAGGAUACCGGGAACUCAUGCGACGUGUCAGGAUGAGGACCUCUCGUGUUUCAGAGACAUCAAGCCUGGAGCUCCCCAUCAUUACCUCGUCGUUCCCACCAAACACGUAGGGAACUGUAAAUCACUCGGCAAGGAGCAUGUGCCUUUGGUGGAACGGAUGGUCGAGACGGGGAAGGAGAUGCUCCAGAAAAACAACGUGACGGACCUCCGUGAUGUCAGGUUUGGUUUCCAUUGGCCUCCAUUCUGUUCUGUCACACACCUCCACCUUCAUGUCCUGGCACCUGCCAGUCAAAUGAGCCUCAUGUCUCGCCUCUUCUACAGACUCCACUCCUAUUGGUUUAUUACGGCAGACCAGCUGAUCGAGCUUCUCAACUCUAAAGAAGAGACCAAGUGAUCACUGGAUCCAGUUCCUCCGGGACUGAAACAUGCAGCUCUCAGAACAAGAGCUGUGUCUCCUGGACUCCAGACAAGAGACCUUUCAGAGUGAAAGCCACAUAUCCUGUUGUCUUGUUGCUUGAGACGUGUUGCAAAAACGUUUUUUACAAAAGAAGUAUCCUCAAUCCACCGGGUCAUAGAUGGAUGUACUUUAAUGGACCAAUGGCAUGCGGGGUGAUUCACCUGUUAUUCACCUGUUGACUGAAUGCAAAGGUGAGUGCAGCAACAGAUCCUGUUUCCUGACCUGGAGGACCGCCUGAGUCUGGAGCCAAUCUGAUGUAUGCAUGUACCUGACGUCAUUUAAAACAUGUGUGUGAUGAUCUCAUGACGAGCUGUGUGUGGCAUCGUCUCCGUCCUGGAGGAGGAGGAGGAGGAGGAGCGUGUCUGUACUUUAACGUGUAAUAAAUAAUCCAUGGCU